UGCUUAUUCUAGGAUCCAAUGAUUACUGGACAGCUCAGUAAGCCCUUGCUGUCUUUCCGGAGUGAGAUGAACGCGGAGCUGAGAGGUGAGGGCAAAGCGGACACUUCAGACAAUGAGCUGAAUGAGUCUCUGCUUGCGCCCGCAGAACAAAAUGACAGUGAGGACACUCCCAGCAAGCUCUUUGGGGCCAGAGGGAACACAGUGCAGUUGGAAACAGGCAGCAGCGUAGCUGACCAGCAUCAGCCAAGCCAAUCACACACGGCCUUUCCUGUUGGCCCGCAGUCGUUGUUGGCAGCACAACAGUUGGGAUCAGCUGUGGCAGGGGUGAUGCCUGGGGGAGCUCCAGGCCUCAAUCAGCCAAUCCUCAUUCCUUUCAACAUGGCCGGGCAGCUGGGCGGGCAGCAGGGGCUAGUGCUGACACUGCCCACCGCCAACCUGGCCAACAUCCAAGGCCUGGUGGCAGCGGCAGCAGCUGGAGGCAUUAUGACGUUACCACUCCAAAACCUUCAAGCUACCUCAUCCCUGAACUCGCAGCUCCAGCAUCUGCAACAACUACAACAGCUACAGCAGCACCAGCAGCAACACCAACAGCAACACCAAGGGCAACAGCAGCAGCAGAACCAUCAACCGCUACAGCAGCAGCAGCAGACAAACCAACAAUCAUCCCACAGUCAGUCUCAGUCUGCUGCAGCCUCCCCACAGCAGAAACGGAGCCAGUCACCAGGACAGGGGCUCCCGUCUCCUCUCACGUCACCCAAUCCCCUCCAGCUCAAUCCACUGGCCAGCCAAGCCGCAGCGGCAGCAGCCUUGGGGUCUAUAGCCGGCUCGCAGGCCUUCGGAAAUGCACUGUCCAGUCUUCAGGGGGUCACAGGGCAACUGGUCACUAAUGCACAAGGACAGAUCAUUGGAACAAUUCCACUGAUGCCUAACCCAGCCGUGCCAUCAAGUCAGACAGGAGGUGUAACGCAGGGCCUUCAGAUGCACCCAAUCACCCCUCAGCUGCUGACAAACGCCCAAGGCCAGAUUAUCGCCACGGUCAUCGGGAAUCAGGUCCUACCUGUCAUCAACACCCAGGGAAUAACACUGUCGCCCAUCAAGCCAGGCCAACAGCCCCAGCAGACACAGGUAGGUCCAGCAUCGUCGCAGGCCGGCCUUCUCCACUUGACACACAACCAGGCCUCCAUGUCUCAGAGCCCAGUGCGUCAGGCCUCCUCAUCAUCAUCAUCUUCCUCCUCCACAUUGUCCUCUUCAUCAGCUCUCAGUGUUGGACAGCUGGUCAGCAACCCUCAGACAGCCCCCAGUGAAGUUGACGGAGUAAAUCUGGAAGAAAUUCGAGAGUUUGCCAAAGCUUUUAAAAUCCGCCGCCUGUCCCUUGGGCUGACACAGACACAAGUUGGGCAAGCUUUAAGUGCCACAGAAGGCCCAGCAUACAGCCAGUCUGCCAUCUGCAGACACACCAUCCUGAGAAGCCACUUUUUCCUACCACAGGAAGCCCAAGAGAACACUAUAGCUAGCAGUCUGACAGCCAAACUGAACCCUGGCCUUUUAUAUCCUGCCAGGUUCGAGAAGCUGGACAUCACCCCUAAAAGCGCCCAGAAGAUAAAGCCCGUUCUUGAGCGAUGGAUGGCUGAGGCAGAAGCCCGCCACCGCUCCGGAAUGCAGAACCUCACCGAAUUUAUCGGCAGCGAGCCUUCUAAAAAACGCAAGAGGCGGACAUCGUUCACCCCACAAGCUCUGGAGAUUUUGAAUUCCCACUUUGAGAAGAAUACACACCCCUCGGGGCAGGAAAUGACAGAAAUAGCGGAAAAACUGAACUACGACCGGGAAGUGGUCCGUGUCUGGUUUUGCAACAAGAGGCAAGCGCUGAAAAACACAGUGAAGCGUUUGAAACAGCAUGAGCCAGGAUCACUGGUGUCAAUGGAGCCUUUGACAGACUCUUUGGAAGAGCAUUCUUUAAACAAUUGAGAACAAAAAUCAAAUAAAACAAAGGUUCCCACCAUAGAAAACACUCACUAGUAAAUAAAGCCUGAAAACCUGUGGGCAGCAGGAUUCGUCACAGUCCACACGUUCUCCCUAUUUUUAAACAAAAAAAGAGACACAGCACUCAGUGUGUUGUCGUGUAGUAGUUGAAGCCAG